GAGUAGUCACCGAUUCGACUAAUGUUUCAAAGAUGGCUGCUUUCAUGCUGUCGUGAAUGGCAAAGGUGAAGUCUCAUUUAGUCUUUUUCCUUUUUUUUUUACUCGCUUAUCUCCAUGUGAUUAUAACGAUUUCCAUGCACACCUGUUGGAGUACAAUGUAGAAAAGAUUCCUGUGUGCUGCAAACAAUACUGAUUAUUAUAUGCACUGCCAACAUUGAAAUAUCAUUGGUUACUUGUUUUCAUCCAAUCAGCUUAAAAGGAAACUUCACUGAUUAUCCACCACAGUGUUCAUAUACUCAUAUAUUAACAGAAUAAACACACACACACACACACACACAUAUAUAUAAACACAUACACACACACACAUAUAAACAAACACACACAACAUAAACAUUUUGUUUCAUCACUUCCUCUUUCUCUCCCUCACUCUAUCUCUAUAUCUAUCUAUCUAUCAAUCUCUCUUUCACUUCCCCUCAUGGCAACGGAUUACAUAUUUGGAGAUUCUGACUCAUCUGAUACUCAAUAUAAAAAAGAAUGAUUCCAAAUAAAAAUGAAUGGGGCGCAUGGUAUCGGACUCCUAAAAGACACUCCCUUACAAAUGUAGUUAAUAAUCUGUCGUAUGCUUGGAUCAGCUCUGGAUUUUCAUCUUCACUGUGGCUAUCCCGAAUAUGCCGAUUCAGAUAAAGGCAGAACCAAGAGAUGAAAGUGACAGCAGUGCUGUUGUAGCCUGCAGUAAUACCCCAAGUGGAGACAGUAGCAGCAACAACAACAGCAACAAUAACAAUAAUAAUAAUAAUGCAAGCAGCAGCAGUGGCGGUGGUAGCAGUGGUGGAAGUGUCAGUUCGCUAUCAACGCAGUUACAGCAACCCUCACAGAACGCCAACAGUCGGUUAGCCGCACCAGUCAACCAUCAACGAUCAUCCUCUAAUGUGUUGUCUAGCCGGUCGCCGUCAAACACAAGCAGCUAUGCCAACCCAGCUGCUGCUGUGGCUGCUAGCCACACACAGUCUCUGGCCAGCACCAAGUCUUCUGACAAACUCUCUGAAGAAGCCAUGGAAGCCCUGGAGAAACGCAUUGAUAUUUCCAGUAUUAAGGGUGUCUUCGGUUGGACCACUAUUGAUGGUAUUAACAUUCCUUUCAUAUUUCGAGAGGAUAAAAAAUUUGUGAGUGUACGCAUAGUGGAAGUGAAACUGUUCAGCCGGUACCCAAACUCGUUCCCAGAUGAGCUGGGUAAGAGGGAUCCUCUGACAAGUUACUUCAUUACUGAACAUGAGGCCAAACUUCUGAAUGAAAUAAACACAGUUCACUGUAGCUAUGAGUAUGGCAAACAGCUGUUUACUACACAAGAUUUAAUCGUUAAUAUGGCGGAGUUUGAGCAGUUCCACGACAUCGUGAAAAAGUCUUUUCCUACUGAAGACCAGCAAGAGGAUACCAGGGCACAUGAUAUGUCGUUGCCACGCAAGUCCGACCGGCCUCAGUUUAUGGACUACUGUGGCUGGCUGCAAAUCAACAACACCAUCACACCCUACGUUGAACGGUCUAAUGGUGGAAAAUAUGUUCCUUUGUCUGUGAUACGCUAUGCUGCUGGCCUACUAGCUGAUAAUCAAAUCACUGGUGAGCCUCCAACGAAAAUAGAGUGUGACAUGCUGAACGAAACAUGCAAAGUAGCUGGUUUCAAUUUCUCAUUUUGCAAAAGUACCAAGCUGGUAAGCCUGAAUACUAUCAAGACAUACCACAACCCUUUAAUAAUUGAUCUGCCCCAGGACAAACCUCUCACACAUGCUCGCUAUAUAGACUUCAGUGGUAACCCUACUAAAAACUCAAACUUUUCUUCUCCCCCUCCUCCGCACUUAAGUGCGUUCCCUUCCCACAUUUCAGUUUCCUCAGCUCUGUCAAGUACACAAGCUAUGCAUCCAUUUAAUACUGCAUUGCCCCCCUAUCCCAGAAACCCCAGUCCACGAGGAAACCCAACUCGGUCACCCAUGACAAACAAUCUUAUUAAUCCAAAUAUAGUCAUUCCAAGUGGACUGAACCCAAACUUCCUAAAUUUUGCCAAACAACAACUACCUUUGAAAGUUCCCAGCAGUAAUGAACAACAAUCACUCCAACAACAACAACGAGCAAACUUUAGUACUUCCAAUUCCCUACUGGGAAAUAGCCGGCUGCAAUCUGAGCAGGCCAAUCCUAACCAGCAUGGCUUGCCAAACCCUAGCCAACUGCCUACAUCAAAGCAACAUAACCCUCUUCAUGUACUGAAAAGCUUUUUAACAAAAGGACAUGUUGUUACCCAAUCCUUGCCUUCAAUUGUAUCGCAGGCAACUGGUGGUCAGUCAGUUAUCCACCAGAGAUCUGCCCAUCAAGCUAGUCAAAAUAUCCUUGUGAGCCAACUACCAAGGCUACCCUCGCCAUCUAUUUCUAAUCCGGCCAAUAUGUAUGCAUCGAGUGGACCAAUCCUUAGCGCCCUCAGUCAGCACCAAUCCCAGGCAUGGAACGCCGUUGUUAGUUCUUUACCUGGGAACUAUGCCAACAUAGCCCGCUACACUCAAGCCAACUCAUCUGUACGUAUGCCUGUAUCAUCUGCAUCAUAUCCCCAUCCCAUCAGCAACAUUCCUGUCACAACAGCACCAUCAUUGCCUCAAGGCCACCAUCCACCAAGUAUAUACGAGCAGUUGCUCUCCAUUCCAGACACUCAAAGCACUGCUGUGGCUGGACUGUGGACACGGCCCAAUGAAGCCAGUUCUGCUAGCCAAGCCGUAGCAGCCCACUCUACUGUCCCCAGUCCUAACAUGGUGGUGAGUAGUAGUGUCAACAAAUCUCACUCUCGGACAUUGGCAUCUAACAUCCAAAAUAUAGCAUCAGCAGCAGCAGCAAGUGGUUCCGGAUCUUCAAACCAUAACAGUAUCUCAGCCAACUCUAUGGUGCUGCAUGCGUCUAGUGUGCAACCCAUCAACCUCACCUCAUCGUCGCCCGUGCCGACAACCAAUAAGGUCUCCCAACAGCCGUCAUCUUCACAGCAACCCCAACAACAGCAAUCAUCUUCACAACAAGCUUCAGCAGCUGAACAGAUUUCGUAUUCUUUAUCUUCAACUCCAACAGCGACAGGAUCGGUUCAAGGAGAUUCACAACCUCAACAGCCAGUAUCAAAGCCCAUGGAUUCAGCCCUUGUGCAGCACAUAUCUAGCAUUUUCUUGCGUGGCAAAAGUAUAUCAUGCAUUAACUCACCUAACCGCAGUGGUUCUUAUGCAUUGGUAGAAGCCGUCUGCAAGUUGUACUACCCACAGUGCAGCAUGAAUGAGUUUCUAUUUGCUCUAGAGAAUGUACUGAAGGUUCCUCUCACGACCUGUACUGAUGAAGAGGAAAAGGCUUUUAUUCAGUACUACAGUCUUCCAGUUUCUGUUCUCAAGUGCAAUAAGAUCAUAAAGCUGGGUACCUUAGAAAGCCACUUCCCACAGUUGACUUACAUGUUUUGCAAAGGACAGGACACAGCUUCUGUAUCAUCUAACUCUGCUAGUGAUACAGUCCAACAAACUCCCACUGUUGACACUGAGAAGGUCCAAAGUGAUUCUCUAAAUUCCCUUCCUUCUAACCCUAACUCUCUUACUACCACCACCACCACAACUGCAACAUCAUCCACACCUCUCUCAGCUGCAUCUGGUACCACUACAUCAUCGCCAUCGUCUUCAACUCCUCUGCCAGUAAUUGCGGAGAAUGAUGGUAACGAUGUUGUUCUCGAUUGCAGUACAAAGUCGUCUGUGGUGGUCAUCACUGCAACUGAUGGCUCUCCAGUGCCGGGAUCAAGCAACGGACCGAAAGACAGCACUUUGUCGACUUCCCCAAAGACAUCUUCUUCCUACUCACAGUCGUCAGUAGUGUCUUCAACAAGUCCUUCCACAGCAGCUGCUUCAUCAACAGCAGCACUCUCCCCAUCAUCGUCAUCAUCAACAGCAGCAGCAGCAUCUCCUCCCCGAGCACCUCCAACUCUCACACCAACACUUGUCACCACUGCUGCUACAGUGACCAAUUCUUCUGCUGUGGCAUCGGACAGAGCCAAAAGUGGAAAUCCGGUCAACAACAGCGGUGACAGCAGCUAUGUGACAGCUGUACCUUUAAUAAGCUUGGCCGACGUUCAAAAACUGAGUGAACCACAGCUGAAUUCUAUUCUUUCACACCCAUCUCUGAAACGACCUGGUAACCCCCUGGCAUCUGGCCCGACUAAGUCACCUUGCAGGAGCCUAGAGGAGACUGUUCAACGGUUACAUCAGACUCAAAGUUCCCCAUUAGCUAACACUGCCAGUGUGCAGAUUUGUCAAACAGACUCUGGUAAGUAACAUUGGUACCAAAAACAAAACAAAAACAAACAAAAAACAACCCAAACCACUCUCUCCCCCCUUUCUUCUUCCUCUGACUCACAAGGAGAUUAUCAAAAAAAAAUACCCACACAACCAAAAACUGCAACAAAAAUGUUAAAAAAAAUUUUCAAAAACAAAAAAAAAUGAAAACCCUUUACCUCCAGUAGGAACAGCAACCAGAUUCAUAUUUACAAACACAAAAAAACUAAAAACUAUAGAAUAAACUGUUAUUGAGACGAGUUUAAAAGAGAAAAAAAAAAUAAGUUAAAAGAUU